UUUCCGCCCACAAGUGGAAGAGGGAGGAGUGUGCUAUCGAUCUCCGGUGGUGGCGGUGGGCAUCUCAUCUUGGAAGGAAACGGAGAUUCAAACCAGUCAACACAAUGGCUGGGGCGAUCAUCGAGAACCUCAGCGGCAGGAAACUGGGCAUCCUCAUCGUGUUCCUGAUGUUGUGCCAAGUAGUCUGCUUCCUGGUCGGGGCAUUGAUCGCUCCGGCGCCUUCUUCAGCCAUGUCUGUACUGGGAACCAAAUGCAUUGACAAGAAGUACAGCAAGGACAAAUGGUAUUAUCCCCGCGGGGAGAAGCGUUGUCGGUCCAUCUCCAGCCUGGAUGAGCCUGUGGUGGAACAAGACAACAUCGAGGCCAAUGACAUCAUCUUUGCCUUCCAGAUCCCAUCGCCAAAGGACAACUUUGCUCUUGACUACUCUCGCUGGCAGCAGAACCUCCUGUCGGUGAUGCAUUUGGACAUUUACUAUGAUGACGAUGCCAAAUUUGACCCCAAUGCAGUGAUGACCAUUGAGGCACGCCUUGGCUACCGCAACAAGGGUGACCCAGACACCAAAUGGACAGAAUAUGCCUCCUCCGUGGAAGAGAGAACCCUUGACUGUUACAUUGAGCCCCGCCACAUGAGGGCUGAGUACAUCUAUAACUGUUCCUCUGUGCCUAUGUUUGAGCUGGGGUCCCUUCACCACGAUUUCUACCUCCUCAAUAUUCGCCUUCCUAUGGACACUGCAAAAGAGUCUUGGGGAGUGAACACCAAUGAUAACCUGGGCCGCCUGACAGACAUGUGGGUGGUGUUCAUCCACCAAAAUGGAGGCUUCACUAAGGUGUGGGUGUCCCUUAAGACCAUCUUCUUCCCCACCAUGGUUGCCAUCAUGGCAUGGUUCUGGCGUCGCAUCUCCCUGCUCACUCGUCCCCCUGCCCUGCUGGAGUACAUGCUGAUGGUGCUUGGUGCUGCCCUCACCUUCCUCAACUGCCCCUUGGAGUACCUGACGCUGGUGUACGACUGUCCCUGGAUGACAGUAGUCAGUGACAUCCGGCAGGGUCUCUUCUACGCCUCACUGCUCUCCUUCUGGCUCAUCUUUACUGGAGAACAUCUUAUGAUAGCGGAUGACAUCGAGAGGAACCGCAUCCGAGUGUAUUGGCGCCACCUGAGUGCUGUGCUGGGCGGCUGCCUCUGCCUCUUCAUUUUUGACAUGUGUGAGCGAGGUGUCCAGCUACGCAACCCCUUCUACUCUAUCUGGGUGACUCCCAUUGGCACCAACCUGGCCCUUGCCUUCAUCAUGCUGGCAGGAAUCUGUGCUGGCCUCUACUUCUGCUUCCUCUCUUACAUGAUCUGGAAGGUCUUCAUCAAUAUCAGCAGCAAGCGCCAGUCCCUCCCUGCCAUGUCCUCAGCCCGCAGACUCCACUACGAGGGCAUCAUUUAUCGUUUCAAGGUCCUCAUGCUGGCCACCCUUCUCUGUGCUGCCAUGACUGUUAUUGGCUUCAUUCUGGGUCAGGUCUCAGAGGGACAGUGGUCAUGGGACGAUAACAUCAAGCUGGAGUACACAAGUGCAUUCUUCACGGGUGUGUAUGGCAUGUGGAACAUCUACACCUUUGCUCUGAUCUGCCUCUACGCACCAUCCCACAAACGCUGGCCCAAGGACCAAGACUGGGCAGUGUCAGACAACUGUGGUCUAGCUUCCAUACACGGAGCACUCUUGGCACGAGAUACACAGAGCAGCACGGGGGAGGAGAUUGAGUUCAGCCGACUGGCCACCGAACCUUCUGAAAUGUCCUCCAUAACUGCCUUUGCCAAGAAGACUGCAGCAGACUAAAAUGGGAGUCCCAGCAGGGUGUACUAUUGGGAAGAGCAGACUCAGGCAGUGGCAACUGGAGACUGAAUUGAGAAGCUUUUUGCAUGACUGAUUAAUGGUAAUUUGUAGGCACUCAGAGGUAGCCAUGUUUUUUAUAAAGAAUUUUAUAUGUGAUUUAUUUACUACUUAACUACAUAUUUUAGAUCUUAAGCUUUGUGACCACAGAAGUGAGGAAGAAAAUGCACAAAAAAUUUUUUUUUUACAUACAUUAUUACUUUUAUAAUGCCUGGAUAUGAUUGGGAGGUUGCUUAACACAGUUCCUUGUGAAGCUUCAAUUAAACAUGUUGAAAGAUACUAAUUUUUUUUUAUAAACAAAUAUCUUUGCACACAUACUGGAGAACUUCAGAUGAUCAUAUUAUUUUUAUCCAUGACAUCAGUGACAGAAAUGAGCCUGCAGGGGGCAAUCAUAGUCUGGGAGGGGAGGGUUGCAGCACACCGGGGAUGGGGUGGGUUGUGUGGAGACACCAGUGUGACUCUCCAUGGCAAACCUUGUACUGGAAAAUUAGACACAUUAGAUCUAGGCAUGCAGUAUUAGUAUAAUAUGAUAAGAGAUACUAAUCACAGUGCUUUGUGAAGAACCUACAGUAGUUAUUGAUUUGCUUCCUCAUAGUGUAGAGCAUCAAUUAACAUUACAUGCAUACUAUAAUAGCCAAACCCUGUAUUGCUGUUGCGUAGCACAGGUUGUGAUGGGCAACAGACACCAGCUGGGAAUAUAUUAAGUGUUGAUAGAACACACAGAAUAAAGAGAAAGAAGUGAAAGGGUCUUGAGUAAACAUGUCCAAGAUGUACAGUAACUUAUAUGGAUUACCUCUAAGUUAAGUAAAAUGUGUGACCUGUAAGUUAUGUGGAUUAUUUAAGUGCUGGUGGGAUUUAUUUUAAGACAGUAGAGACGUUAAGGUUCUGUGGUAAACAUGUCAGUGCUUUGGGUCACAAUUAUCAUGUGUUGGUAGAAUGUAAAUGGGUUCCAAUACAGAACAAGAGAGGAAGACUAUAAACUAUUAAGAAUUAUGUCCGACUUCCAUUAUUGCUGGGAUGAAGAAAUCAAAAGUGGAGGAGAGAGUAUAAUGAAUUUUGAUUAAGAAGGUAAGGAAUUAAAGCAGUUGUACAAGCUGUAAUAAGGACACUGAAUAUGGCCAGACUAAUGAUGUAAGAUGUAACUAUGGUAAAUGAAAGAAUAAUAAUGAAAUUUUACAAUAGCUAGAUUUGGGGGAAAAGGAACAUUGAGAGGUAUUUGGUGUAGAAUGAUGGAUAAUUUAUAAGCACAAAUGAUCUCUGGGUAGUAAUGAGUUAUGGUAAUUUGCUUAUUUGAAGUAGAGUUGUAAGAAAAAGUUAACAAGUUAGUGGAAUGGAGUCAAGUGGAGUGUAGUUGUACAGAGGAAGGUUACAAGUGGAAGGAUGUAGGGAGAGAGGCUAAUAAGUUAAAUAGUGGAAUGGAGUCACUGAUCAGAUGUGGAGGGAGGUUGUAAAAGAGGAUGAAAUAAGUUGUAAUGGUAAGUGGAAUGCAGUCACUCCCAGCACCUCCAUGAUGAGCCAAUGUGACAUAACAUGUACAGUGGACGACUGACUGCCCACCAUGAGGCAGAGCAGCUGGUAUUUGGGGCCACCAACCAAUAGUAUAAACACCAAUCAUCUUGUGUUACUUAAACUCUCUCUCUCUCUCUCUCUCUCUCUCUCUCUCUCUCAGCACAAAUAAGCGGUAGUCAGUAAGCAAAGUGUAACAAGACUUCACUAACUCCUCAGCAGCCACUCUGUUCCAGUUUCCUAUUCUUUGCAUUGUCGUAGCGUCCGUGGUUGUGUGUCUCCCUCGCCGCAUGUACCCCCAACAGAGGGGAAGCACUUAACAUAAUUAUUGUCCUUACCUUUUCCACAAGUGAGAGAACAUUGAAGUGGGUGAAUCCUUGUCCUGAGAAGUCCUUAGCUGGUCAGCUUUACUACUUUGCUACUCCCACUGGGCGCGUUUCCUUCAAGCUUAUGCACCCGAGAGAAGUGUUGAGCUUGGAGUGCAUGCUAUGUUCCUUUCUCAAUUUAAGCUUGCUUGUGUAUACUGUAAUAUUAGAUAAGCUAGACCAAUUGCAAGACUGACUAUAAUUGAUUUUCGUUUGGCAUUUCCUCCUUGCCUUCUUUCAUUUUUCCAAAUCAAGAAUACCUUCACCAUAAACACCUUAUGGUUCUUGUGAAUGUACUACUCAUACUACAGCUAUUAUUUCUAUUACUUUGUCUAUAACUAUUACCACUAGUGUAUGAAUAUAAAGGCAGUCCAAAGAUCACACCAAGUGCAUAUCACAAAAUACAAUGGUGAACUACUGACAAUAGUAGUUCUUAGGGUACAGAAAUUGAAUAGAGUUAUAAAGUGUGUGCAUGUGUAUGGAAAGGUUUGAGGUGCACAAGCAUAGGCACCUCAUCUUCAUGACCUGCUUCUGGGGUGUGCUGGUCCAUAGACACCACAUCCUCAGGUGCCUCGGAUCACUGUCAGGCCUUGUUUAUUCCUCGUGUUCUUGAUAUCAAAACAAUAGCAUAAGCAGUAGCUAUAUAAUACAUACAUGCACAUCCACACAACCUGGAAACAUAAUCGAAGACUGCAGCCAUAAUGCACAUCCAAAUACACACUUAAGAUUUUGGUAAUUAAUGUGUUAGUCGAAAGGACUGGAAGCUCUUACAGACCUCUUAUAGAGCCUUUCUGACCCAAGGUAUUGGCACUGCUUUGUGUGACAAGUCUUGCAUUUCUGCUACAACUAGAAAUUGUGUCCGUGUCUUAAGCAUAAUAUAGAGAUCAAAUAUUUUUUUUACUGUGUACUACUGUAACAUUUACAGUGAAGAGAAGAAGAAUGUGUAUUUACCUGCACACUUUAUUUUAUCUUUGUACUCUCAAUUUUGCAGAUUUAGAGGUGUUUUCUGGGAGAGUCCUUACCUUCCUUCAUUUUUUGACUUGUCAGUAUUCCUCUUCUCAGUCACAUCACUACUUACUUUCAAUGCACUUUUCAUUACGUCCCAUGACUAAGACAAUAUUCUCAACCAAAGUACUGAAACGAAUGGCUGUUAUUCCCUCCUUUUUUAUGUGCCAAGUGUAUUCUCCUUGUGUGUUAUUCAUCGAGUCAUUUGUUUGUCGUCCACACACGCAGAGCAAAGGUUGGCGUGUGUCUUACCUCCAGCUGAUUGUUUGCUUCGUUGUAUAUUUAUCAUGUAUGUAUUUGUAUUUGUAUCUAUUAUUUUAUUCCUUUUCGUUUAUUGUACUACAUAUAUCAGGAUCUUACAUUACGUAUAUUUGGCAGAUGAUUAUAAUUUUUUUUAAUAAAUGUCACUUAAA